AGAAGGUAUGGCGGAAGCUGUCAGCUCGAGCAGGGACUGCCUUCAAGCAGGCGAGUCCUGCACCAAUGACCCCAUCUGCAGCGCCAAAUUCAGAACCCUCCGGCAAUGCAUCGCAGGCAAUGGAGCCAAUAAGCUGGGCCCUGACGCCAAAAACCAGUGCCGGAGCACCGUGACGGCCCUGCUCUCCAGCCAGCUGUAUGGCUGCAAGUGCAAGCGAGGCAUGAAAAAGGAGAAACACUGCUUGAGUGUCUACUGGAGCAUCCACCACACGUUGAUGGAAGGCAUGAAUGUACUGGAGAGUUCCCCUUAUGAGCCGUUCAUCAGGGGCUUUGAUUAUGUCCGGCUGGCAUCCAUCACCGCAGGGUCUGAGAACGAGGUGACCCAGGUGAACCGGUGUCUCGAUGCUGCCAAAGCCUGCAACAUAGAUGAGAUGUGCCAGCGGCUGCGGACGGAGUACGUCUCCUUCUGCAUCCGGCGCUUGGCCCGGGCUGACACCUGCAACCGCUCCAAGUGCCACAAGGCUCUGCGCAAGUUCUUCGACCGCGUGCCACCCGAGUACACCCACGAGCUGCUCUUCUGCCCCUGCGAUGACACAGCCUGUGCCGAACGCCGGCGGCAGACCAUCGUUCCUGCCUGCUCCUAUGAGUCCAAGGAGAAGCCCAACUGCCUGGCGCCUCUGGACUCCUGCCGGGAAAACUACGUCUGCAGGUCACGCUAUGCAGAAUUCCAGUUUAAUUGCCAGCCGUCCCUGCAGGCUGCGAGCGGCUGCCGGAGGGACAGCUAUGCUGCCUGUCUGCUGGCCUAUACGGGGAUCAUAGGCAGCCCCAUCACACCCAACUACAUUGACAACUCAACUUCCAGCAUAGCUCCCUGGUGCACAUGCAAUGCGAGUGGCAACCGGCAGGAAGAGUGUGAGAGCUUUCUGCAUCUCUUCACCGACAACAUCUGUCUCCAAAACGCCAUUCUGGCCUUUGGCAAUGGGACCUACCUGAAUGCAGCUGUGGCCCCAUCCAUCCCCCCCACCACACAGAUGUACAAGCAGGAGCGAAAUGCCAACAGAGCCGUGGCGACCCUCAGAGAGAACAUCUUUGAGCACCUCCAGCCCACCAAGGUGGCCGGAGAGGAGAGGCUCCUGCGGGGCUCCACUCGUCUGUCAUCAGGGACCUCCAGCCCAGCAGCUCCCUCCUGCUGGGCAGCCUCUGCACUGCAGAUGUGGCUUCUCCCCGCUCUUGCUGUGCUGAGCCUCUUCGUGAUGUGA